AUGGGUCGCAUCUUUCUUGACCAUCCUGGAGGAACUCGGCUGUAUUCUUGCGCUAACUGUGACACUGCGUUGACAAAUCGCUCUUUGUUGACCUCGAUGGUAAGUUACGUAUGCUAAUCAAGGUUUUAGGAGAAAAGUAAUAAACACAAGACGUGGUAAGUUUAUCUCAAAUCUAUUUGUGCACAACCUAAAGUAACGAAAAUUUUGUAAAAUGAGCAUCGUAGUUCGCUGCUUGCUCAUUGUGUCGUACAGUCGACAGCUUCAUAUGAAAUAAAGGUGACUUUAUUUGUCGUACGCGUAAAGGUAGGCUCUGUAUAUAGUUAAUCGAAAAUUGUCAGCUAAGUUUAUGAUUUGCAUUAAGACUUAAUUUAAUUCCAUGUGUCUUAGUUGGUACAUUUCAAUGUUAUUGUUGCGUCGUGAUUAUUAUUAUCAAUGCCUCACUUACUGCGGUACUUUUGAAAGCGCGGCCAUGAUUAUAAUUCAAAAUAAACUGGAAUUCAAUACUGGAAGUCCUCGAAGGGAGAUGGAAUAUUGUGGCCAACAAUAUUUGCACAAAGUGAAACAUAUAAAAAACGAUCUUAAAUUAACUUUUGUGGUUCUUCAAAAUACUUUAGGUAAAUAAUUUGCUGGUAUCGAGUUUAAGGAGAGGGGGGCCUAAGAUAUUUAUGGCUGUGUGUGGAACCUCAAACAGUUUUUUUUUUAAUUAAAAUAUUUGCCAACCCAGCCUGAGACCAUUCUCCUUAGUGGGGAAAUGGGCGAAUAACAGGAAUUGAGAAGGGAAAGGGGCAGUGGAUCCUGGAUGCAUUAAGGAACGUAAGGAAAUGAUAUGCACAAAAAUUUGGGCAAAAACAUUGCCCAUGCAAGAUUGCACAAAGUACACUUGUGGUUAACGUCCUUCACUCAAAAAUGUCGUCUCUGUGAGAGUGAAGACACUUAGUAAGACACCUGGUAGCAUUAAGGCGCAGUAAAAGAAAAAGGCCUCACUUAUGCUUGAUGUGCAUAUUUGCUCAAAAACGCCUUUGCUUAAGGUCUCCUAUUAUUGAUACCACUGAUCCACCCUCCAGUAAUUUACCUAUCACUGAAAAGUCAAUCAAGUCAUCAAAAAGAUGUUUCAGGAGAAAUUGUCCCAUGUGCAACUGCUGAAAAGGCAAAGGGGUCAUCCUGGCAAGGAUCAAGGGACAAAUGUCAACAAUACAGCAAAUCUGUCAAUGUUAAGACAUUUGACCAAUCCGAGCAUGUUACCAGUAUCUGGUAUCAUGGAUUGGCAGCAUCAAAGGCAUGUCUCCAGGUCCCACUGCCCUUCCCCUUCCCAAUUGCUUUCAAUUUUUUAUACCUGUUAUUAACCUUAAGAGGAUCCUGGUCCCAGGCUAACUUCAAAGGCAGGUUUUAUUACUAACACAGGGUAAAAUUUUGAUCCAGGUUCCUUUUUUGGUUGUAAAAGAGGUUGGGCUUUAAGUGACUAAUUAAUCUACAAGUUUUAUAACAUAUUUUGUGGCAUCGCUCUACUAUACUAUACUAGUCCUAAUGCUAUUGAAAAGUUGUACAAAUUUUUACUUGGUUGUUUUUGGUUUUGAUUCAAUCUUUAGAGGUUCAAUGGAGCCACAGGAAGAGCAUUUCUGUUUAAGAAAGUGUGAGUUAUGUGCAUCUAGUAAAAUGCCUUGUUUUUAACAGAAACCUGGCAAAACAUUCAAUAACAUCUUACCCAGGUGCUUUAAUGUAUUAUAUUCUAGGGUGAACUUAUCAUACAGUGAAGUUCAAGACAGAGUUAUGGUAUGUGAAAAACUCUUCCUUUCCAGAAAAAUCCCUAACAAAUAGACAGUGAAAAUUUUUUACACGUUUCUGCCCAGGUGUCGCCAAAGUUAGGGAACCUGAUGAAAGCUAGUUCCUUAACUUGGUGACAGGGCAGAAUAAAUACUUUUAAUUAUUGCAGUUACUGUUAUCUCUUGAAGCCAGCGGUCAAAAACCAUGGGGUACUGGGUUGAAGGGUUAACCAAUAAAGAUUAAAAUUUGAGGUGCAUAAACUUAAUAAUUAUUAUUCACGGUGCUUGAAAGUUAAUCAUGGUUGCUUGAAUUAAAAAAAUUAAUAACCUCAGGAGUUGUGAUUGUCUUGAGAAUUAGGUUCAUGUGAAAGUUAAUGUGCCUAGUGGAAAUGCAGAAAUGUAUGUGACUUUCUUCUUUUCUUGAAAUUGACGUAAUUUAAAGUAAAAACAUUUUUUGCCGUUCUGUAGCUCACUGGAAGGCACAUGGUCAGAGAUGUUUUCUGCAAAAAUUGUGAAACAAAGCUUGGGUGGAUGUAUGUAAGUGUAAUAAUGAACUUUGAUAACAUAUAUAUUAGUAAUUUUAUAUUUAAUUUGUCAGUGUUAUAAAGGGCAAAAAAUAAUUAUUUGUGACAUAAUUAUUUCCUUUUCAACAUGUAAUAUUUAUACUUCUGUAUAUUUCUUCAAAUGUCAGAAUCCCACUGUUCAGAGAUUUUUUGUUGGUCAUGAAUUUUUUUUUUCUGACAGGAAUAUGCAACUGAAGAGAGCCAACAGUAUAAGGUAUUUGCCAUAAUAACAUAUAAUAUAUUUAUACUGUCGUUUUGACCAGUGUUUUUUUACAAUGACAGCAAUUCUGUUACCUCUGCAUCUUGCAUCCGUGACACAUAAGAAUCCUCAAAGACACAAAAUAGUUCAUGGCAUGCAUCCCUUAGGACACAAAGAUCAAUCCAUUGAUCUAAACAUCCGUGUGUAUUGUAAAAAUAUCCAGCCCAUUUGUGUAAUUUCUGUGGCAGUUAUAUGGCUGUUGUUUAAUGAUGCUAAUUAUUUUAUUUAGCCUUUGUUGUGCGUUAAAAUAGAAGGACUACAUUUUAUUUCAGCAUACUGUAAUACAGAGUUUUGGAGUCUGUCUUCAGAUUAACAUAAAGGCCCAAAUACUUUCAACUUUAGACUCGUUUUUUUUUUUUAACUGGGACUCAUGAUUUUUCACAAGAUAACUCACCAUAACUGUUUAUAAGAAAAUCACUGCAAUAAAGCAGGACAACCAUACCUACCUGUGGUACUGUUAGGGAGUGUUCAUUAUUUAUCAGCAGGGCCGGGUGUCUGGUGGAUGGGGAGGUUGGACUAGAAAAAAAAGUUUGCCUUCCCCUUGAGGGUGCAAUGGAAAGGUUUCUGCUUCGUAAAGAGGUGCAAUUAUAUAGGGGCAAAAAAUUGGGACUGUUUUCCACUGUGGGGUACAAAAUGUUUUUUAUGAUAGAGGGGGACAAGUUUUCCCAUUUCUUGUUUUUUUUAAUGAGAAGUGUGAGUAAAUGUUAAAGCAGGAGUAAUUGCUAAAUCAGUUAGUUAUGUUUGUUAAGAGGGGUUUUUUGGGGCAUUCUGGCUGGCCUUGAGGUGGUAGACCAUGAUAAUAAUAAUAAGAAUAAAAAUAAUAAUAGUAAUAAUAAUAAUUAUUAUUAUGAUAAUAAUACUAAAUAUAAUAAUAAAUAAUGGCUUUUCUGAGGUCAUUUACUUUGCCAGUUAGUUUUGGGGGCAACAUGAAUCACAGUUUCCUUCACAAAAGCUUUUGUUGUUGUUUUGUUAGACUAUUAGUUAUUAGAUAACUUAUUUCAUACAAAAUAUUUUUAGUUCUACAAACCAUUUAUGUGUCCCAAAGUCUGUUCAAUGAACCUAAAACUGAAAAUUUUUUUUUCCUUCUUCACAAUCUAUUAUUUUUAUACUUAAAAGCACUGAUUUGUAUUAAUUAAUAUUCUAUGUGAGUUUAAAAUAAGAAUUGACUUUACUCGACUUUUGCUUGUAGGAAGGUCAAGUUAUUCUGGAAAGAGCACUGGUUACAGAGAGUGAGGGAAUUCAAGAAAUUGGUGACUUCAGUCCUUAA